AUGGAUCAUCCUGUACAGAUAUGUAUUAAACAUAAAGUAGACACGUGUAUCUUAGAUCAAAUCAAUAAUCGAAGAGCAUUUCAAAAAGAUGGUGCUGCUAAACGACCUAACGUUAGAAGCCAGGGACCCGCAUCUGCGACAGCUCAUAGGGUCCCUCAACAACAAAGAAGUCUCCGAAAUCCUCCAAAUGCAGGUCCUCCUCCUUUAAUACCCGGAAAUCAAGUAGAAUCAUCUAUACGUAAAGAUGCAAAUACUUCCCACAAUCCUCCAGCCCCAGCUAGCUCCAAUGAUCAAAUAUCCCUCGCAUUGCAGCACGCUAGAACUACCACACCAGGCUAUUACAUUGGUCAAGAUUCAAAAUUUGGCAAUUUAAUCCUCCCUGUUCUACCGGAAUUUUAA